AUGAAGAACCUAACAUCAAGCUCGACGGCACCUUUGGACCACGACGCUCUCUCCGUCGUGCUUGUGACAGCAGGAUACGACCAUACGAUUCGGUUCUGGGAGGCAUGGUCCGGUCUAUGCUCCCAUACGAUUCAGUACUCAGACUCCCAGGUGAAUCGACUCGCCAUUUCGCCGAACAAGAGGCUCUUAGCAGUCGCUGGUCAUGGCGUCGUGCGAUUGUAUGAUUGCAAUGCAUCGGGGACGUCGAUUUCGCACCAUGACGCUGCAGGGCGCGGCAUAAAUGUCGCACCACUAAGCACGUUUGAGGGGCACACAGGUAAUGUGACAUCGAUUGCAUGGCAUUGUGAUGGGAAGUGGCUUGUGAGUGGCGGUGAAGAUGGCACGCUCAAAAUUUGGGACACACGCACGUCAAGGGCACAGCGAGUGUACGAUCACAAAGCACCGGUGAAUGAUGUAGUUAUUCAUCCGAAUCAAGGCGAGCUUGCAUCUUGUGAUCAGAACGGAAGUGUUAAGAUAUGGGAUCUGGGUGAGAAUGGAUGUAGUCACGAGUUGGUGCCGGAGGAGGAGGUGCCAAUGCGAUCCGUGUCAAUUGCAUCAGAUGGCUCGUGUCUGGUCGCGGCGAACAACAAGGGCCGCGUCUUUGUAUGGAAAAUGCAGAGUGGUAUUACGGAUGAUGAGCAAAUGGAGCGGACAGAACUACAGCCUGUAACCAAGUUCCAAGCGCAUGAUACCUACAUUACUCGGUGUGCACUAAGCCCUGAUGCGCGCUUCUUGGCCACUUGUUCCGCCGAUACCACCGUCAAGCUUUGGUCAACGUCACAAUUCCAGUUUUCUUUGAAUCGCGUGCUACAGGGGCACCAGCGCUGGGUAUGGGAUGUGGCCUUCAGCGCCGAUAGUGCGUAUCUUGUGUCAGCCUCAUCAGAUCAUGUCGCACGCCUAUGGGAAUUAUCGAGUGGCAAGACUAUGCGCCAGUACAAUGGCCAUCACCGUGCCGCUGUGUGUGUCGCCUUGAACGACACGAGUUUAGAGUGA